AUGUGCGGUGGCAAACGAGGCGCAUGCGUGAGCGUGCGCUCCACUCCACAUAUCUUGCCGUUCGAGUGGCGCGACGGAAAAAAAAGCUCUCUGUUCGAAGAGCCUUCUCUCGCCUGCACUGACUUACGAGGCUUCUCUGCUACGCAUCAAGUUGAGGCGGCGCUGGACUUCGCUGCAGCCGUUUGGUCGAUCACUCCGGUUCGCCCUGCGGCGACAUCGCUCAAGUUUCCCUUCUGCGUCUGUCUCUUCUUCGGGUGUGUGUCGUCUUGUCGGGACCUCGCCAUCCCUUUUCUCAGGCGCGCGGCCUAUUCGACCGGAGAAAAACGCACAGCACUGGGAGGUCGCCUCCGCAAAUCCGCGCUCGACUGUUCGCGCGACGAAGUCCCUUCCCGCCCUCGCUCUGCUGCGUCCGCGUCUGGCGAAAUUCUGUCUCGUCGUUUGUUUUCCUCUUCUCCUUCCUCACGGGGUGCUAAGUCUUCCUCCUGGUCGCUCUGGUACUUGCCCGCUUCGUCUUCAGCGUCGUCCGCCCGUCCGCAGGAGCUGCUUCGCCUUCCUCCCACAGGCCUCUCUUCUUCGCCUUCUUCCUCUUCUUCCACUUCACUCUCUGCUGCGGCAUCCGAUGCCUCAAGGGGGCAAGGUGAAGCGACCGAGCGCGUUUCGAGCCCGAUUACGAGCAUGGCUGUUGGGCGCUCACACGGUGCAUGCGUCGUGGACGGCCGCGUCUUCUGUUUUGGCAGGACGAACGCCAGAGGACAGCUAGGCGUCCCUUCGCUCUCUUCGUCGCCUUUCAGCGCCCUGCUUUCUCGUUUCUCCUCGCUCUUCUCCGCGUCGCCCGCAUCCGUCGAGCUAGUGGAAGUCGAGCCUCCGCAAGGCGGGUGGAAGGGGAAAGUCAUCAAAGUCGCCUGCGGGGCGAUGCACACCUGCGCCCUCACAGACCUCGGGUAUGUGUACUCCUGGGGAGCGCCCUCCGGCUUCUUCCAAGGCAGUCCGCUCGGCGUUGGAGACAGUUGGCGCAGACUACGCCCGACGCUGGUGACUUCGCUCGUUCGCGCGCGCGAGCACGUCACAGACAUCGCCUGCGGACCCUCUUGGACUCUGUGCGCAACCGCGAGCAACCGCGUCUACUCCACAGGUCGCUCGGACUUUGGCGUCAUGGGUCGCGGCGCGUCGAGCAGUUCGUCCUCCUUCCACGAAAUUGAGUUCUUCCAGUCGGUCUUGCUGCCUUCUGCUCCGUCUCCCCUGGCGUACGCGCCGUCUGCUUCAAAUCCUCUUUCGGCGUCUUUCCUCUCUGCCGCCCCACUCGCGUCCGCUCCCGGCGUCCCCUUUCCAUCUGAGCCCGGUGUACCUACACCGAAGGUGCGCCAGGCCGCGGGGCGAGGAGGCGAGGCGACCAGCGACGCGCUGCACUUUGAGGGCUCGCUGUCUUCCUUCUUCGGGGGCUCCGCGUUUCCGCACGCGCCGUUCGAAGGUCUGCCAGGUGACGCAACCGCAGCGGAGAUGCGCGCGCAGCUGUUUGCGCAGAUGCCCGCAGAGCUGAGGGAGAGGAUGGCGGCGGGAGCGAGCAGGGCGCCUCACGGCGCGGAGAGCCCGUCGCCGGCGGCGUCGCAGAGACGCGCGCACCUGCAGCACAGCGCAGCGACCCUCCAGACGUCGCUGCCGCGCCGUCCCGGGGGUGACCAGGACGCGGGGCGCGGUGUACGUACACCCGACGAGGCGGCGGCGGCCGCAGUGGCGCAGUCAGCGAGGACGGCACGUGAGGAGGCGAGUCCUGCGGGCUACGGAGUUUCCGCUGGCGGGUUCAGGGGUGCGGAGACGAGACGCAGCUCCGAGCCUGCGCAGCGAACUCCGGCACCACUCGAGGGACGCGGUCGCGACGGGGUUGGGGUAAGAUCGGGCGCGAAACUGGAGGGCGCAGCACGCAGCGGCUGUCCCCCGGAGCUCGGUGGAAGGGCGAGCGCGGCGCGCGCGGGCGCGGGCGUCGGAGACGCGCAGAAGGGCAAGAAGGAGGAGGAGGCAGUUCUCACCUACCAGGACGAAGUGCGGAGUCUGUCGCGCACCAAAGUGAAACAGCUUGUUUGCGGAGAGUGGCAGUCGCUCCUCGUCACCGACGACGGCAGGCUGUGGGUCUGGGGGCGUAACGAAGACGGGCAGCUCGGCAAAGAAGUGGAGGCGGUGAGUCUGGAGGUCGGGAGGAAAGCCGUGACCCUCUCUGAAGCCCGCGCGCUUGCCGAUGCGGCCCUAGAGAGCUCUCGCGGAACGGCGUUCCUCGGUGCGAGCUGCGCACCGCGAGCAACGAAGCGAGCUGCAGCGACGGCGAGGCGCAGAGAAGCGGAGGGCGAGAGAGGGCAGACAGGCACGGCCUCAGCAUGCGAUAGAUUCAGGCAAGCGCUCUCUUCACGUGGAGCAGGGAGACAGAGAGACAGAGGCUUCCAUCUGCGCGUCGCGGAACCUAAGGACGUCGUCCCAGAGCUCGGAUUCUGCGGCUGGCCUUCUGGCCUUGCGGGCUUCCGCCCGCGGCGAAUCGCGCUUCCUGUAGAGUCCGCCUGCUGCCCACCAGGAACGGGCAACAAGACAGUUCUCUCCGGGACGAGUCUGCCCUUCUCCCCGUACCCGAUGCUUGCCUACUCGCUGCUGCGGGGGGGGACACGCGUCGCUCAAGUCGCCGCCGGCGCGACCCAGUCCUUCGCUCUCUCAGAGGACGGCGGGUUGUAUGCCUGGGGCGGCUUGUGGGGUCGACAGCCUGUCGCCGCGACGCUCCAUCCGCGCUUCGAGAGGAGCCCUAUUAAAGGCAAGGUGACCAAGGUCGCUGGUGGCUGGCGGGACAGCGGAAGAGAAGACGUUGCUCUCGUCAUCACAGACGUCGGUGACCUCUACGUCUGGAGUUCUUGGCUCGCGGCUGCCCUCGAGAGCUUCCAGUGCGCGGGUCGCGCCUCCGCCGCGGCCUCUGCUUCAGCCGCGUCGGCGGCGGACGGCGAGAGCGACUCCGCGCGCAACCUUGGGAAACGAGGAGAGAAAGAGCCGUUCAAGGCUGACCGAGACACGAUGUUUGACGGCGGGGCGGUGCGCGACGCUGCAUGCGGCCCUUUCGGCGUCCUCCUUCUGGUUCAGCACUGA